AUGCCUCAAAAAUAUUCCUACUUGACAGCUGAACACAAUUCUUAUAUGAUUGAAAACUGGGAUACAGAUACCCUUGUUGAUUUUUUGAAAGAACAGAACCUUAAGCUCGACAAAAAUGACUUGGGAAUACUUCACAAACAAAAGGUUGACAGCCAGGCCUUUCUUAAGUUGACUGAAGAAAAGCUUUUAGCACCACCUUACAAUUUUUCUGGUAUGUACGUUCUUCUUGUACAAGAGCUUGAAAAAGGUAUUGAAAAAUAUAGUAUUGAUGGUAAUGGCAUAAGUAUGAUACGACAAUUUCCGCUAAAAACUUAUCCACUUGAAGACAAGGAGUUAACAACAAUGUAUAAGAAAAAUAAGGGCAGAUUGGGAAAUAUGCCAUGCUAUACAUGA